UCUCAUUACGUAAUUUAAGUUCUGUAAAAAAUUGUGUUAACAGACAUAACAAAAUGCAGGAAGAAACAUUACUGAAUAAAUAUGCUAAAAUAUUAGUAGUUGUUUGUGCUUAUUGGGUCAUUUCAAUUUGUACGGUUUUUAUAAAUAAAAUUUUGUUAUCCAGUCAAGAAGUAAAUUUAGAUGCUCCUUUGUUUAUUACAUGGUUUCAAUGUCUUGUGUCAGCGGGUAUAUGUUAUACAGCAAGUAAUCUAUCAAAGGCGUUUCCACAGAAAAUAUCAUUUCCCAAAGGAAAUCCAUGGAGCAUACAAGUUGCUAAACAUGUGUUACCACUAUCCAUACUCUUCACUGCCAUGAUAAGUACAAACAAUCUUUGUUUGAAAUACGUUCAUGUGUCAUUUUAUUACAUUGGACGAUCACUAACUACAGUUUUUAAUGUAAUAUUAUCGUAUACACUUUUGCAACAAAAAACAUCUUUUCGGUGUAUACUAUGUUGUGGUAUUAUAGUGGGAGGAUUUUGGCUUGGUGUUGAUCAAGAACAAGUGGCAGGUUCAUUAUCCAUUAUUGGUACAAUAUUUGGAGUACUUGGGUCACUUAGCUUAUGUCUUUAUUCAAUUUACACUAAACGUACACUACCACAUGUUAACCAAGAGAUUUGGUUAUUAUCAUACUACAACAAUGUUUAUUCGUGUAUACUAUUUUUGCCACUAAUAGUGAUGUCUGGAGAACAUAGAAUUGUUGCAUCAUAUCCUUUGCUGGCAAGCUCAUGGUUUUGGUCUGUUAUGAUAAUAGGAGGCAUUUGUGGUUUCUCAAUUGGUUUUGUAACAGCAUUGCAAAUUAAGGUGACAUCACCCUUAACACAUAACAUUUCAGGAACUGCAAAAGCAUGUGCACAAACAAUAUUAGCAAGUCAAUGGUUCUCAGAACCAAAAGCAUUUUUAUGGUGGUUGUCAAAUUUUGUGGUAUUAGGAGGUUCAAUGGCAUAUGCCAGAAUUAAACAAUUAGAAAUGGAAAAAGCACAUCGAGCAAAUGUUAGUCCAUAAGACGGCAUGUCCAUUCGUGGUACACAACGUACUAAAAUGAAUGGAACACAUGGCCUCCGGUGGACACACAAUUUGUGUUAUCUGGAAUAGAUCAUUUUCCCCACGAGAAAAGCACAAUGCGGUCUUCAAGGUGUUAAGUGAAUUGGCAGUAAAGCAUUAAAUUUAGAUAUAAAAUUUUAUGUUGCUGG